AUGCCUGUCACGGAGAUCGCCUUACUCCACCUCAAGACACCCACACCAUCGGACCCUCUCAAGGCGGUUUUUCUUGAAGCCCAACAGGAACAAUCCCAGUACUCCGGCCAUCGAGUCAAUUUCCUGCGCUCCUUGGACGACCAGAGGGAUUUCUUCUUGCUGGGUGGCUGGGAGUCGGUGGCCCUGCAUUGUGGUGAAUGGGUGGCCUCAGAGAUCAAUCAGCGACUACUUGCGAAGCUGAAAGAUGAAGUAGAUAUUGGGUAUAUGUUUCAUUUGGAUGUUGAUCCGUCUACUCCCAUUCCGAUAUCCGCACCAGUCAUCGGAGUAGUUCGCUGCUUCAUUGAAAAAGAUAACAAGGAGGAAUUCGAUCAUCUCUUCAAGGCUGGCCUGUCCGAUUUGGAAAAGUUCACGGCUCCCCAUCCCUGCUUUGGAGGUUGGAGAAUUGACAAGGAGGGCGAGGAUGAAGAAUUUAUUCUUUUGAGUGGGUGGAAUUCGGUCGAGCAUCAUCAUGAGUUUCAUAAGUCUGAGUUGUCGAAGGAGUUUGCGAAGACAAAGUCGGUGAUCAAGAAUACUGAGGUUAAGCAUGUGCGUCUAGAGAACUGGGAGUGA